AUGGAGAUGAAAGCAACAUUGGAAUCCAAAGGGGAAGUGGAAUUCUACGUGUGUACCCUCGGGAAAAGCGUGAGCAUCAAGAAGAGCAUGGUGUCAAUCUCAAAGGAGAUGAAGAUAGAGCACCGGCGGGUUUUCACUCCGUCAGUGAUUGAACCAUCGUUAGGAAUUGGUCGGAUCAUGUACUGUUUGUAUGAGCAUUGUUUCAGCACAAGGCCAAGCAAAGUAGGGGACGAACAGUUGAACGUGUUUCGUUUCCCUCCGCUUGUAGCUCCCUUUAAGUGCACCCUUGUCCCGCUUGUUCAGAAGCAACAACUCGAGGAAGCAACCACACACUUAUCUAAGGAACUCAAAUCUGCUCGCAUCAAACAUAAGAUUGACAUCACUGGUACAGCGAUAGGGAAAAAAUACGCGAGAAGCGAUGAGCUUGGAGUGCCAUUUGCAAUAACAGUGGACUCAGAGACAUCGGUGACGAUCAGAGAAAGAGACUGCAAAGAACAAGUCCGAGUCAGCUUGGAGAAGGCAGCCUCUGUCGUGAGCGCCCUCGCCGAGGGGAAGAUGACGUGGGAUGACGUCCGGAAAGCUUCCAGUGAUUUUCCUCUGUCAUCAUCUUUAGAUUUAUGA